AGUUACAUUCAUAUUUAAAUAAAAUUACAAACAAAAUGAAAAAUCAUCAUACUUAAAUACAAAAACAUCUAAACAUUCAUACUUGAAUCAAACUUAACUUUCAAAUAAAAAAAAUAUUUAAAAUAUUUUUAUUAAUUGAAUUCACUGAAACAACAUCAUUUUGUUUAAAAGUCAAAAAUUGUUCAUGCCUAUCAUACCAUUGCAUUUCAUCCGGUUUUGUAAUAGAAUCGCGGCAUUUUUGUAAUUAUGAUAAAUCAUGUAUAUUCUAAUAAAAAGAAAAUUUUAUUUUUAUGAAGGUAUAUCGAUUUCUUUUUAUAGGUACUUAAUAAAUUUGAUCCUAGGGGCAAAACGGUUAGAACAGAUAUUUGGUUGCAUAAAAGAAAAAUUAUUGCAUCACCGUACAAGCAAGUCAUAUUAUUGUCAAAAAAAAAAAAAGUACAAGCAAGUCAUAUAAAAAGCAACUGAGCAGCAAACAACCGAAAGAAGAGGAUAAUGCCGCAAAACAGAAUCCACAAUCAGAUUUCUAAGUUUGUCAACAUUUGGCCAAAAAAGCAAUGCAUAAAAGUAAUUGAGAGUGCUAUCAUUCAAUAAUUUGAACAAAGCAAGCAUUGCCUUCUGGUGCCAAAAAGUUAAAAGUGAUUCUGAACCUAAACAUUUUCUUAUUUGUGACUAGCUAGUUACGUUUUUGGAUCGAGUGUUUCACGAUUCAUAUUAUCACAAUACAUAUUGGUAUCACAAAUUUGAAAAUAAUUGUCACUAUAUGCAUUCAACGAAAGGUGGAAAGUCGAAUCCAACAAAGUACAUACUUUAAGUUAAUAGCGGAUUACUGAUUUGUUAGUGGUGUAUUGGACUUAUUUCCAGGCAACCAAAGAGGGAAAGGGAAAACAACACAAAAGCCAAGGCGAAAAUGAAAAGAGGAUGAUUGAGAGAAGAAGCGUACUUUUGGAGAAGGGUAGCCUAGCUUCCCAUGCAAUGCGAACUGUGCCUCGAGAUCCGCUGAAGUCACGGCGACGGAGGACGAAGAAGAAGAAGGGAGCUGCAGUGAGGAUCUCGGCCGUAGAAACCUCUCGAAGAUGGCCAUUACUAACUACUAAGAACAUCGAUAUGAGGAUCGCUGUAGCGACGAACCCAAAUGAUAUAGCGUCGACCGAGUUGUCGAAAUGCCUCCAGUGGUCUUCCCUCUCCGAAUUCAGCGACGCCAUCGCCGCCGCCGGCGAUGGCACCGUUAUCCAGCUGUCGUCGGCGCCCAUUUUACCAACAAAAGCCGAAGAGAAUUUUUUUAAAAAAAAGCAACAAUAAGAGAGCUCCCCUGUUUUUCCCCUGUUCUUUCCUCUUUCACCACAAUUUGAUUGCUUCUGCCGUUUAUUGAACUGAGACUGACCCAGCUACAAUUUCAGCGGACGGCGUCGUGUGCUUCCAAAUUUUCUGGAGAAAAUGGAUCGCCAUGACGAGAGAGGGGAAGAAAGCAGACGGUUGAAAAAUGAAAACAAAGGCGGGGA